ACCUAGUUGCCUCCAUAUAAUGAGUCAAGUGUGAACACUUUCCACAGAACCAACCUUCAAACUCACAAUCUAUUCAUCUAUAGGGAGAUCCCGCAAUCUCCUUUUCAAAACCUCCCCAAAGUAUCAAUUCAUUUGUAUCUAUAUUCUUUUCUCUUCCUCUCUUCAUUCUCAACAAGUUGGAGCGUAGAAGGCAGUGAUCUGACAUGGCUGGGGAGAAUGGGGAGGAGAAAAAACAUGAUGACGCAAACGCGUCAGAGAAUGGUGCAGGAAGCAGCACGAGCGGGGAAAGGGUCGAAAAGAGCAAAGAAAAGGAAAAACAAGAGACAGUUCCAUUUCACAAGCUGUUCGUUUUUGCAGACACCACUGACAUUCUCUUGAUGGCUGUUGGCAUCAUUGGUGCCAUUGGAAACGGAUUGGGUUUGCCUAUCAUGACACUGCUGUUCGGUCAACUGAUCAAUGGUUUCGGCAGUAACCAGCAAAACGACGUGGUGGGAGUAGUAUCCAAGAUUUCUCUUAAAUUUGUAUACUUGGCAAUAGGAUCUGGGGUGGCAGCAUUUCUCCAGGUGUCUUGUUGGAUGGUCACGGGGGAGAGGCAGGCUGCACGGAUAAGGGGAUUGUAUUUGAAAACUAUUCUAAGACAAGAUAUUGCUUUCUUUGAUAAGGAAACAAACACUGGAGAGGUGGUAGGGAGGAUGUCAGGUGACACUGUUCUCAUACAAGAUGCCAUGGGAGAGAAGGUUGGGAAGUUUAUACAGCUAAUAGCAACAUUCUUUGGGGGAUUUGUGAUAGCAUUUAUCAGAGGGUGGCUUCUUACUCUUGUCAUGUUGUCUACUCUUCCACUUCUUGCGUUGUCAGGUGCUGCUCUGGCUGUCAUCAUAGGCAGGAUGGCUUCUCGAGGUCAAACAGCUUAUGCAAAAGCUGCACAUGUGGUUGAACAGACAAUUGGCUCAAUAAGAACCGUUGUAUCUUUUACUGGGGAAAAGCAAGCAGUAUCUAGUUAUAGCGAAUUUCUGUUAGAUGCUUACAAAUCAGGGGUUCAAGAAGGUACCAUUGCCGGAGUGGGUCUAGGCACAGUUAUGUUUAUUAUUUUCGGUGGUUAUGCUUUGGCUGUAUGGUUUGGCGCAAAGAUGAUAAUGGAAAAAGGAUAUAACGGGGGCACAGUGAUUAAUGUGAUUAUUGCCGUGCUAACUGCCUCAAUGUCUCUUGGACAGGCAUCCCCUAGUAUGAGUGCCUUUGCUGCAGGUCAGGCCGCAGCUUACAAAAUGUUUCAGACAAUUAAAAGGAAGCCAGAGAUAGAUUCUUUUGAUCCAAGUGGAAAAACAUUAGAGGAUAUUCAAGGCGAAAUAGAGUUAAGGGAUGUAUAUUUCAGUUAUCCAGCCAGACCUGAGGAGCUGAUAUUUGAUGGAUUCUCUCUUCAUAUACCUAGUGGUACAACUGCAGCAUUGGUUGGACAAAGUGGAAGCGGAAAGUCUACGGUUAUCAGCUUGUUAGAAAGAUUCUAUGAUCCACAGGCAGGUGAAGUUCUUAUUGAUGGCAUGAACCUGAAAGAAUUGCAGCUUAGGUGGAUCAGAGGUAAAAUUGGCCUUGUCAGCCAGGAGCCAGUGUUGUUUGCAUCUAGCAUUAAGGAUAACAUUGCAUAUGGAAAGGAGGGAGCAACAAUUGAAGAGAUAAGAUCUGCAUCUGAACUUGCAAAUGCUGCUAAAUUCAUUGAUAAACUUCCACAGGGAUUGAACACAAUGGUUGGUGAGCAUGGAACUCAGUUGUCUGGUGGCCAGAAGCAACGCAUUGCGAUUGCAAGAGCAAUCUUGAAAAAUCCGAGAAUUUUACUUCUAGAUGAAGCUACAAGUGCUCUUGACGCAGAGUCUGAGAGGAUAGUGCAAGAGGCUCUAGACAGGAUCAUGGUCAACAGAACUACUGUUGUAGUGGCACAUCGCUUGAGCACAGUGAGGAAUGCUGAUAUGAUUGCUGUCAUUCAUAGAGGGAAGAUGGUUGAGAAAGGAACACACUCUGAAUUACUCAAGGAUCCUGAGGGAGCUUACUCUCAACUUAUACGCCUACAAGAAAUAAACAAGGAGUCAGAAGAAAAUGCAGACAAUAGCAGGAAGAGUGAAUUAUCUGUAGAAUCCUUUAGACAAUCAAGUCAAAGGAGGUCACUUCGAAGAUCUAUUAGUAGGGGCUCAUCCUUAGGGAAUAGUAGCCACCACUCAUUUUCAGUUUCCUUUGGUUUACCCACAGGAAUUAAAGUUCCUGAUCCUGAAAAUGAAGACUCACAACCCAAAGAAGAAGCACCAGAGGUUCCACUCAGCCGCCUUGCUUCCCUCAACAAGCCAGAGAUUCCAGUUCUUCUGCUUGGAUGUGUAGCAGCCAUAGCAAAUGGUGUUAUACUUCCAAUAUUUGGAGUGCUGAUUUCCAGUGUCAUUAAGACAUUUUAUGAACCAUUUGAUGAGCUGAAAAAGGACUCCAAGUUUUGGGCACUGAUGUUUAUGACCCUUGGUAUUGCAUCAUUUCUGAUAAUUCCAGCACGAGGAUACUUUUUUUCUGUGGCAGGAUGCAAGUUGAUCCAACGAAUCAGGCUAAUGUGUUUUCAGAAGGUUGUCAGCAUGGAGGUUGGUUGGUUUGAUGAGCCUGAAAACUCAAGUGGUGCCAUUGGUGCUAGGCUCUCAGCAGAUGCUGCUUCUGUGCGUGCCCUUGUUGGUGAUGCGCUGGGACUAAUGGUUCAAAAUUUAGCAUCUGCUUUGGCGGGUUUGAUUAUUGCUUUUGUUGCAUCUUGGCAGCUGGCAUUUAUUAUUCUUGUAUUGAUUCCCCUGAUUGGACUAAAUGGGUAUGUUCAAAUGAAAUUCAUGAAGGGAUUUAGUGCAGAUGCAAAGAUGAUGUACGAGGAAGCAAGCCAAGUUGCUAAUGAUGCAGUUGGAAGCAUAAGAACAGUUGCUUCUUUCUGUGCUGAAGACAAGGUUAUGGAACUAUACGGGAAGAAAUGUGAGGGUCCCAUGAAGACAGGAAUACGACAAGGGUUGAUCAGCGGAUCUGGAUUUGGGAUUUCAUUUUUCUUACUGUUUUGUGUUUAUGCAACCAGUUUCUACGCUGGAGCUAGACUUGUGGACGCUGGGAAGACAAAAUUCUCAGAUGUUUUCCGGGUUUUCUUUGCAUUAACUAUGGCAACUAUUGGAAUUUCCCAAUCAAGCUCCUUUGCUCCUGAUUCAAGAAAGGUCAAGUUAGCUACCGCUUCCAUAUUUGGAAUAAUUGAUAAGAAGUCAAAGAUAGAUCCUAGUGAUGAGUCUGGCACCACCCUGGAUAGCGUUAAGGGAGAAAUAGAGCUUCGUCAUGUGAGCUUCAAGUAUCCAUCUAGGCCUGAUAUACAGAUUUUUCGAGACCUCAGCUUGACUAUCCAUUCCGGCAAGACAGUGGCUCUUGUUGGUGAAAGUGGAAGCGGAAAAUCCACAGUGAUUGCCUUGUUGCAAAGAUUUUAUGAUCCUGAAUCAGGGCAAAUCACACUUGAUGGGGUAGAAAUUCGGGAGUUACAACUCAAGUGGUUAAGGCAGCAAAUGGGUCUUGUAAGCCAAGAGCCAGUAUUGUUCAAUGAAACUAUACGUGCCAAUAUUGCCUAUGGAAAAGGUGGCAAUGCUACUGAAGCAGAAAUCACAGCAGCAGCAGAAUUGGCCAAUGCCCAUAAAUUCAUUAGUGGCUUACAGAAGGGUUAUGACACUAUAGUGGGCGAGAGAGGAACCCAAUUGUCUGGUGGGCAGAAGCAACGGAUAGCAAUUGCUCGUGCCAUAAUUAAAAGUCCAAAGAUAUUGCUACUAGAUGAGGCUACAAGUGCAUUAGAUGCCGAGUCAGAAAGAGUUGUUCAAGAUGCAUUAGACAAAGUCAUGGUGAACAGGACCACUGUGAUUGUGGCACAUCGUUUAUCUACAAUAAAAAAUGCAGAUGUGAUUGCUGUUGUGAAAAAUGGAGUUAUAGUGGAGAAGGGGAAGCAUGACACACUCAUUAACGUCAGUGGUGGAUUUUAUGCUUCCUUAGUCCAACUUCACACAAGUGCUUCAACAGUAUGAGUUUUAUCUCUUCGUCAAAUUCCAUUCUCUCUUUUUUUCUUUAUUCUAUAUUUUUUAGAAGUUCUCAACAGAAAGAUCAAUGCAAGUAAGAAAAUUGAUUCAUGUUAUCAUCAAUGUAAUAUUGUCAAUCACAACGGAAAACCAAAAAUAUGUGAAAGAUAGAAUUACCUGCAAUAGUUUGUUGGCAAUAAUAGCAAGAUUUUACCAUGGAAUUGUUUCA